UGGGCAACCAACUGGUACCAAGCCAGCGUCCAUGGGGGCCGCUAUUAUGGUGGCGGAACUUCGAUAACCGACUAGACCAACAACUGUGGAAUGCAGCGAAGAGUGGGAACCUCCAGAAGGUGCAGCGGUGUAUUCGGCAAGGGGCCAACCUCAAGUGGAAAGACCCAGAGUAUGGAGAUAGCUCACUAACUUGGAAGCAAGAGACGAUACUAUGGAUGGCUGGAGCCGACCUCUAUGUGAUGAAUGCGGUAGCAACAACAGCAACGUAUUAGGCCAUCAUCUGGAACUAGGGUGGAUAUAGUGCCCUCCACGUCGCCUCAGAAAGAGGACAUUUGGAUAUUGUUAAAGCGUUGUUGGACCAUGGUGCCGACCUCCACGCGACUAAUACUACUACAGGAUAUUCCCCACUCCACCUUGCCUUAGAAAAUAAGCAUUUGGAGGUUGCGAAAGCGUUGUUGGGUCAAGGCGCUGACCUCCACGUGACUACCACUGAUGAUGGACAAACGCCACUCCACUUCGCCUCAAAAAAUGGACAAUGGGAACUGGUGAAGGAAAUGGUGGCUCUUGGUGCCAACAUCAAUGCGACUGAUAAGCAUGGAAAAACACCACUCCGUAACGCCUCCGAACGUCAAUAUUCGAACGUGGUGAAGGAGUUGGUGCUACUUGGCGCCAAUAUUCGUGCGAUUGAUGAGAAUGGAUGGACCAUACUCCACCAAGCCUCGUACUCUGGACAUUUGGAUAUUGUGAUAGAGUUGGCGGGCCAUGGCGCCGAUAUCAACGAGACGGAUAAGCUUGGCCGAACCCCACUCCACUUGGCCUCUGGCAGUCUAAAGGGCGAGGACGUUGUGCAGUGGUUGUUGGGUGCGGGGGCAGACGUAACAAGUAAGGCCAAGGAUGGACGCACUGCUCGUGAUGUGGCUAUGAAAAUGCGAUAUUGGAGAACUUUGAAAGUAUUUUCACAGCACGAGCAGGCAAUGUUAAUUGAUCGAGCAAUCUCCAGCUUUUGUUCUGGCGCCUACGAGUUGGCCUUCAAAGAUGCAAACCAAGCCAUGUCAUCGUCUGGAAAGAAGAAUGUGUCCCCGUUUGCCGGGCUGGGGGAAGCUUUUCUUCACCGAGACCAGUACUGCGUAGCUUUGGCUGCGUUUGAAAAGGGGCUGGAAACGAACCCAGAUGAUGUGGAUUGCAUGGUGGGCAUCCACGACACGAACGAGUCCGUCAACGUUGCCAGUGCGUUUGGAGUGCCUGACAUAUGGGCUGUCUUGGCCAAAGACCCUCACACACUGAAUCUCCUCCGAGCCAAGUCGUUCAAGGCUCUUAUUCAGGCUGUUCGAGACCAUCCCAGUCAAUACCGCCGGUAUAAGGAGGUAUUGGUGAAUGUAUUGGCAAUCCUCCAGAAGCACCGCCAGUCCAUUGGACCUCCGACCGCCGCCCCCAUCCAGCCGACAAUACCUUCGCAACCCAAGGCUGUCACCUCCAAACCCGUAGUCCCUAUAUAUGCUGCAAAAGUGGCAGACGAGGCAAUACGACUGGCACUUGUGAACAGUUCGACCUUCAUCAAGGGGGGUCGCAGCGCUCGUGUCAUUGUUGGGGCGGACGAAAAAGGUCUGUGAAGAGCUUUCUCGAGUGCCUUUCAAGUCUGGCCAUGUCGUGAGUAGGAAUGGCAGCCGCAAUAUAACAUGGUGGAAUGUCCAG